UUCGCCCGGUCUAUGGUGUCUGUGCAGCCUCAGUUUACAUCACGAUCAAAACAUUGUAUUGUAUACUACUCCAAGGUAAGUGCCUGCGCUGUGAAUCAUGAACCGGAAAAGAAACCAUGGCUUUAUUGAAACAGGACAGUCAUCUGAACCCCAGAGCGCUUUCAUGGAUAUCACAGGGCCCUUCAAACGAGAUGAUGAAGAUUUCUCUGAGCUCGAAGCAGAUGAGCAGUUGGUGUGCUCGGUGACCGAGAUCACGGAGCACCUCGGCAGGAACAUCACGGUGGUGCUGGAGUCCGCGCUGUCAGAGAUACGCAAACUGGUCAGCGUCCGAAUCCGAGUACUAAAGUUGGAGCUCCGUGAGAAAUGCGACGAGAUAGAGCUGCUUAAGGCCAAACUGGAGUCGACGGAGAAAGACGGAAGAGUGUCUAACUCCGGUUUCCCGGAGUGCAGGAAAACAGAACAUCAACCUGGUCAGAAGUACAGCGCAGACCCGAAGAAGGCCAAACCCGGUAUGCCCGUGGUCAAGAAGGAGAACAUAAACGCAAUCUGCGACUAUUUGAUGAAGGAUAAGAACCAGCGGGGUGGUGCUGAAGUGGAAAGCGACCAGGCUUUUGGGUUAGAUCGGGAGGGCACUGAACCUCAAAAACAUGCAUCUCUGGGCCUGUGGACGGACAGCGGCCACGGAGAUACGGACACGGACAUCUUCAACAUGUCACCCUCCGCCAGUAAACGCAUGUAUGACUAUGAGUGGGUGACAGGUGUGGAGAUCAACUCAACCGAGUUUAAGGGUGACACCGACAUGAAAUAUGAAAAUGUUCCUGUUGUAAGGGAAGGUGAUUUAAAUGAAGGUUCUGAAGGCGGUAGAGGACAUGAGGCAGUGUCUGACUCAAACUCCUCUCAGUUUCCUUUGGACACUCAGGGCUCCCUACGAGAAGACGGGAGCAGCCCAGCGGAGGACAACGUGGACAGAAUAGUGCCAGGUCAGCAAUUCUCCAUUCACACUUUCAUUUGUCCUUUCUGUGGAACUCUCUGCCCCGACUCAUCGUUCCUGGAGGAACACAUAAAGCUCACGCACCAUGACGAGAGAACCCAGGAUCUGCCGUCACCUCUGGGAACUGCCUCCUCUCGUGGAAAUAUUGAUUCGGGUGAGGCAGGGGGAGCCCUGGGGUGCCCUGAAAGACCUGUUGUAAGGGGGGGAGUUGUGAAAAAAUUGGAAGGUGGUUAUGAAUGUGACGACUGUGGCCGCCAUUUCAACUAUUUGGGCAACUUGCGACAGCACCAGCGGAUCCACACUGGCGAGAAACCGUUUGUCUGCCCCGAGUGCGGUGAACGUUUCCGUCAUGCCGCACGUCUCAAGAGUCACCGUCUUAGCCACAGUGGGGCACAGAGCCCUUUUCCUUGCCCUCAGUGCGGUAAAGGCUUCCCGGUCCUGUCUGGACUCAAGCGUCACCAGCGUGUACAUACUGGAGAAAGCCCAUAUGCUUGUCCCCAGUGCGGGCGCAGAUUUAAGGAGCUGGGCAAUUUAUAUACGCACAUGCGCAUUCACAGCGGGGCCACGCCCUAUUCAUGCUAUCAGUGUGGGCGGAGUUUUAGACAUUUAGGGACAUACAAGAGCCAUCGCUGUAUGCCUGCUACUCAGUUACCCAGUGGGCAUAGUCCAGCAUGGGCACAGGAGGACAAGGUGCAAACUGGGUAAAACCAAGUCACACAAAUUUAAAGAUAUGUUCAUAAAGUGGCAACCUCAACGGCUAGUUUAGGUUGAGUUUUACUGGCAAGACAGCAAGACAGCUGUCAACAGAUGUGAGUGGUUUCAUGUGUGAUCUUAUAGAUAGAAUGGGCCUGUAGCAAGGAAAUCUUAGUACGGUCACUUUCCAGUCUGCUAUGUUGUUUCAUCAACCACUAACAAGAUAUUUAGGUACAUCUUGAAGCUGGGUGGAUAAACCUUCUUAUGUUAGUCAACAUUCUUUUCAGCAAUAUCUUGCUGCCCAUUAGAUGUUUUUUUUUUUACAAUAAUAUGAGUACGUAUUUCAAACAUGAAAGGUUCAAAGUGUUAAUACAUCAGAUUUUAGAAUUCCACUAAACUAAUAUUGUUAUGUUCACUGUCCCUCAUCUCACACCUGGGGCCUGUUGCAUAAACAUAGCCAUGACACUAACUUAGAACAUUAAUAGUGUAUAAGUCAGUGAGUUUCACGACCCAUCAAAGAUGUACACAAAAUAAAUCUUUAGUGAAUUUUAUUGGUCUUUGAAAACUCAUCCACUUCUUAUUGUCUUUUUUUUUAUAUUUGCUACUGUAUAGUAGAGGUCUUCACGGAGGACCCGUGACCCGACCAGGACCCGUACGGGUUUGGGUCUAUGGUUUAACUGGUUAGCCUUAAAUUUAACUGGUUAUAUCUUAUAUUGUUGUUUAGACUCGGCUCAGAGCACAUAGAUAAUAGAAAAGUAAUGCUGCUCGUUCAAUCGGCAAGAAAGAAAUAACAUGGAUACCACAUUUGCAAUGAGGAUUGCAUCACAAUCCGGUAAAAGGAAGUAACGUUAGUAGGUAAGACAUUUACAUUUAGUCAUUUAGCAGACGCUUUUAUCCAAAGCGACUUACAAGUGGGGUAGGUAAUGGAAGCAGUUGGGACAGCACAAGUACAACAAAAGCAUAAGUGCAAUCAAAAAGAAGACUGGUCUCAUAUAGCCUAACACAGAUACAGAAUCAUUCAUUCAUUCUUUUUUUUUAUGGGUAGAGUAGAGAAGAAAAUAGAGUCAGAACAUAUCAGUAAGAUGUUGGCGGAAGAGAUGUGUUUUCAGGUGUUUCUUAAAGAUGGCUACAGAAUCUGCAGCUCUUGUAGCAGCAGGCAGAUCAUUUCACAUAGGUGGAACAGAUCCGGAGAAGGUGCGCGAGAGAGAUUUUUUACCUUUGUUGGAUGGCACCACAAGACGCCGUUCAUUUGCAGAGCGUAGGGAUCUGGCGGGUACAUAUGUCUGUAUUAGGGAGUGAAGAUAAGGUGGUGCCAAACCAGUGGUGGUCUUGUAGGCCAGGAGCAGAGUCUUAAAUUUGAUGCGAAGACAAAAACUAUUAUUUUUGUAACCUAUUCACUGACUAAACAGCAAUUUGCUAUGGAAUUUGUGCUGAUUGGAUCCAGGGUCUGUCUCUCUGGCCAGGUUCGGUUCUAACUUUAAAACAAUAGUCGGUUGUGGGUUGUACAUUUUUGGCAUUUCUUGGGUCUUAACGGGUUUGGGUCCAACUUUCAAAAUAUUGGACGGGUCCAAGUUGGGUCUGUGUAGCACAAUCAAGGGUCUCUUCGAGUUCGGGUCCACAUUUUUAGACCCAUGAAGACCUCUAUUGUAUAGGACAAUAAAUAGUCAGGCCAUUUUUUUUAUCUAGAGCAGAUGACAUUUUAUUGGUUUCCAUGACAACAUAGAUCUUAACAAAAAUUUAAAAGCCUGGGGGGCAUCAGUCUUAACUUUUUGUCUUAAAUUAGACCCAUGUAAGAUUUUACGCAGCUGACUUAAAAAGUAAACACUAGUCAUGACAGAAAAAAUAGACAAUUAACUUGUAGGACUAGUCCCGAUUCAAUUAAUCAGCUCAUCAGUAGAGCCUGUCAAACUGGUUUAUCAGUUAAGCUUUGUGUUUAUUUGGCUGUUUUUGUUAGUCCUUUAUGCAAUUGACAUAGGGUGUUCAAGACGUUAUUUAAACUGUAUUCCAGGGUAAUAUAUUACAUAUUACGAUAACAGUAUCUUGCAAAAUUAUUUAUCCCCCUUUAUUUUAUUCACAUUUUGUUAUGCUGCUGCCUUAUCUUAAAGUACAUAAUGUAUAUUCCAUGCACAAUAAUGAACCACAACAAAAAAAUGAUAUUUGACAGCUUUGCAAAUUUGUUAAAACUAAAAUAAGUACAUUGCAUAAGUAUUCAUACUCUUAACUCAGUAGUUGGUUAAAAUACCUUUACAAAUUCAAAUCUUAAUGGGUGUGAUGUGACAAGCUUUACACAUCUGCAAUUGGCAAUUUUCUGCCAUUCUUCUCCUCAGAUCCUCUUAAAUUCUGUCAGGUUUGAUGGAAAUCAUCAGUAGACAGACAUUUUCAGGUUUCUACAGAGAUGUUCAGUCGGGUUCAAGCCCAAGCACUAGCUGGGCCACUCAAGGAUUUAGACGGAGUUGUCGAUAAGUCACUCUUGCAUUGUUUUAGCUGUGUGCUUAGGGUCUUUGUCAUGUUGGUGCAUUCACCAACAUGACAAAGAACCUUCUGCCCUGUCCGAGGUGCUGAAUGUUCUGAGCUAGGUUUUCAGGAUCAUUAUCUCUGUAUUUUGUGCUGUUGAGCUUUUCCUCUACUCUGACAAAUGCCCCAGUCCCUGUAGCUGAAAAACACCCAGACGUCAUGAUGCUCUUUCCACCACACUUUGUAUGGUAUUGUACAGGUGUUGAGCAGUGCCUGGUUUCCUUCAGACAUGAUGCAUGAAACUCAGAUUUAUCAGACCAGACAAUCUUGUUUCUGACAGUUUGAAAGAUUUUUUGAAAGGUACGUUUUUGCAAAUUCUCCACCGAGCAAAGGCUUGAGUCUGGCAACUCGGCCAUAAAGCCCAGAUUGGUGGAGUGUGGCAGUGAUGUUUGUCCUUCUGUUUCUCCCGAUCAUGGUGCUCAACCCGAGUGAUCAUCAGCUUCUUGGUCAUUGCACUAAUCAAGACCCCUCUCCAACGAUGGCUCAGUUUGGACAGGAGGUCAGCUAAAGUAAGAGAUCCUGUUGUUACAAACCUCUUUCAUCAAGGACUUAUGGAGGCUACGUGCUUCUGUGUUCCUUCAGUACAGAAUAUGUUUUUUCAGAAGUCUUCCACAGAUCUGUGUCUUGAUACAAUCCUGUCCUAGAGCUCUACUGGCAGUUCUUUUGACAUCAUGUCUUGGUUUUUACUUCGAUAUGCAUUUUCAGCUGUUGUACCUUUUAAUGAGAGGUGUGUGCCACUCCAAAUCAUACUUAUUCAAUUGAAACUCCAAUCAAAAUGUACAAACAUCAAGAAGAGUGUCCAAGAAGAGGCUAUGAAUACUUAUGCAAUGUACUUAUUUAUAUUAGUAUGCACAUUUAUUAAAAAUAAAAAAGACGAAAAGUUAUCACACAUGUUUUUUGUUUUGUGAUUGUGUAGAUUCAUGUAAAAAAUAAUGAUAAAGUAGUUUAAAAUAACAAAAUGUGAAUAAAAUGAAGGGGGAUUAAUACUUUUGCAAGGCACUGUAUAUUUAAUCUUUCUAUUUUUAAAUGCCAUAUUCACUUUAUUUUACUUCAGUGCGCAUUUAUAUGAAGUGGGGACCCUUUCAAGAUGUGCCAUAGUUAUAUUUGAGUGCCAUCGUGUGGCAGACUUGUGUUGCUACAAUUAAUUGCAAUUUUUCUUAUACUUUAAGGAGAUUUUUUUAAUUUUAGGUCUAAGUAUGUAAUUAAUCUUGUUAACACUUUUAUAUGUCCUCCAGGAUUUGAACAAUUUAAAGCUUAAUGGAAAGAAUAGCUCAUGAAUUUUUAGAGUUUAGGACUGUUACGUUGAAAUUGCCUUGGACAUGGAUUAAUAUGAAGAGGGUACAAUUUUUUUUUUAAAUACACGCUUAACUCAAAUGAACCCUAUUUAUAUAUUUGUUAUUAUGCUGUUCUAAUAAAAUAUCAUGGACGUUACAAUAAGUACUGUUAAAUAGCACAAAAGGAUACAAUUGAUUUGUGAACACAUUUACAGAAUUGUGGCUAAUAAAUACUCAAGGUAUGGUUCUAGUUCUA